AUGGCCGGUAUUAGACUCCGCGAUGUCAGCGGGUACCUGAUCUUGCUCAUCGCAAUCACGACUCUGGGGUCGUUGCAGUUCGGUUUUCACUUGGCUGAACUCAACGCACCCCAGGAUGUUAUUACGUGCCGCAAGAAAUCGAUCUCCGCCCUCGAUAAGAUCAAAGGACUGGUCUACAAACCGAAAGACGAUGCUGUAUCGGGCUUCUUGCCACAUUGUAUUCCCAUGGAUGAGGCUUCUUUUGCGACGAUAUCUUCAAUCUUUACGCUUGGUGGGCUGUUGGGAGCUUUGACCUCUGGACCCUUCUCGUCCAAGCGUGGACGUCUUCCUGCGAUGCGUAUCACAGGUCUGCUCUACUUGUUUGGGGCGGCUGUCGAGACCGUCGCAGGAAGCGUCUUCAUCAUGGCUUUGGGGCGCUUGUUUUCUGGUAUCGGAGCUGGAGCGUCGACUGUCGUUGUUCCUCUUUACAUCAGUGAGAUUGCGCCGCCUAAGGAACGAGGACUGUUUGGCUUUAUGACACAGAUCUCGAUCAAUGUUGGUAUCCUGGUGGUUCAGACCAUGGGAUUCUUCUUGAGUUAUGGCACUGCUUGGAGAUGGAUCCUUGCUACUGGAGUCUUCAUUGCGACAGCUCAAACACUGGGCCUCUUCGUUGUGCCAGAAAGUCCAUCGUGGCUGGCGGCGCAGGGCAAUGCGCCCAAGGCCAAGCGGACCCUCCAGAGAAUUCGUGGCAACGGCUACGACAUUAACGAGGAGACUGAGUCUUGGGACUCAGAUGAGCGUGAUGCGUCUGAGGAAGAUGGCUUGCUUCAGGCGGAUAGUGCCUCUGAAUCACCAUCAAAGAACCGGAUUGAACAUCUUGGAUUCUUCGAAGUACUGAAGGAUCCCGACACCAGACCUGCAAUCGUCGCCGUUGUAGGCAUCAUGUUUGCCCAGCAGCUUUGCGGUGUCAACUCGAUCAUCAUGUACUCGGUCUCUCUUCUUGCCGACUUGCUGCCUGUUUCUUCAUCGCUGCUCACUAUUCUCGUUUCUGUUGUUAAUUUGGUUACGACUAUCGCAUGCGCACCUCUUCCAGAUCGCCUCGGUCGUAAGACUUGUCUGCUUGCAUCCAUUGUCGGACAGGGAACUAGUGCUUUGAUCCUGGCCAUCUCAAUUGUGUUUGGAGUCAAGAUCCUCUCAGCCAUCGCCGUCGUGGUCUUUGUCGGCUUCUUCGCAGUUGGUCUGGGCCCAGUACCAUUCCUGAUCUCCUCCGAGCUGGUCGGACAGGAAGCUGUCGGCGCCACGCAAAGUUGGUGUCUAGCAGCUAACUACGCAGCGACUUUCCUGGUUGCUCAAUUCUUUCCAAUCGUAAACUCAGCACUUAACGACUUGCUGGGCGGCCACGGAUGGGUCUACUUUAUCUUUGCAGGUCUAGCCGCUGGAUCUGCCAUCUUUGUGUUCUGGAAUGUACCAGAAACAAAGGGCAAGAAGGACGUCGAUGAGGUUUGGGGCAGGACAAGGCGCGUUGAUUAG